AGAAAUUUCGGGGAUCACCUUCACCCCAGUUUUGAGUCGAUGCACAGUUCCGAUGAGAGAUUUUACAGUAAAUCCCAAACCAAGAAACUUCCAGAUCGCAGUUACAAUCAUACAAGCUCAGAAACUUGUCGGAGUUAAUAUUGAUCCAGCGGUUCAUUUGAAGGUCGGGGAUGAAAAAAGACACACGGUCACCCAGAAAUCAACUAACUGUCCCUACUAUAAUCAGUAUUUCACGUUCGAAUUCCUUGAACCGCGUGAACUCGUCUUCGAUAAACUCAUAGAGAUAUCGGUUCACGCCAAAAAAAUCGCAUUUCUGGGAACGCGCCUCGGAACAUUCAAAAUUGACGCAGGAACUGUCUAUAACCAACCAGACCACAGAUUUCUUCAGAAAUGGGCCGUCAUCACCGAUCCAAAAGACACCCGGGCGGGCAUAAAGGGCUUCGUAAAAUGCAACUUGUCUGUAGUAACGAAGGGGGAUUCCAUGAACGCUCCUUCAUCUACCAGCAGCCAGAACGAUGACGUGGAGAAGAAUUUGCUGCUUCCAAAAAGGAUUCCAGCGGAGAGACCGUGGUCAAGAUUAAGUGUCAAAAUCUACAAGGCAGAAGGACUGCCCAGCAUGAACGACGGCAUCAUGGGAAGCUUCUCCAAAAUCAUGGGAGAGAAAAAAGUCUUCAUUGACCCCUAUGUCCAAGUCACUUUUGCUGGGCAGCUGGGGGAGACUUCCGUAGAAAGCGACACCAAUGCCCCAGAAUGGAACGAGCAGAUUAGUUUUAUUGAGCUUUUCCCACCUCUCUUCCGUAAAAUGAAGAUCCAGGUCCUGGAUGACGCCCAUAUCGGAGACGUCGCCCUGGCCACUCAUUUUAUUGACCUUCAGCAAAUAUCAGACCCGAGCAAACACGCCGGUUUUAACCCAACAUUCGGACCAUCUUGGGUCAACCUUUACGGCUCCCCGCAAAAUUACACCCUGAGAGACGUCCACAAAGAUCUGAACGAAGGCCUCGGGGAAGGGAUAUUUUAUCGCGGUCGGAUUCUCAUGGCGGUGACUCUGGAAAUUUUUACCAAUAACAAUAUUCAGGAGAAGAAACCGCUUCAGGCUUUGAAGAACGCAUUCGGCAAGUUAAAAAUGAAGAAGAAAAGCAAAAAGUCAAAGGAAAAAGAGAAAGAAAGUGCAGCGGCCGAGAGCGCGGAGGGGGCCGAGGACGAGGAGAACAACGAGCAGCCCAACGCCGUCACCGUGGAAGUGGACGAUAUCCUGCCCUUACCAGAGAAUGCAUUAGGAGUUAAGGAAGAAUUCCUCCUAUUCGGAACCCUGUUUGAAGUUACAAUGAUCGACCCGAGUAUCGGGAAUAAGCCGGUGAAAUUUGAAUUCUCUAUCGGAAACUACGGAAAAACUGCGGAAAUAAUCACAAAAUCCUCCUCUAAAAAGAAAGGGGAUUCGGUGCCCGAGGAGCAGCAGGGGCUGCUGGGGGCGAGUUCGGAUGAUGACCUCAGUGUGGACCUUUCUGAGGACUCGACAAAUGACGGGCAGGGCAGCAAGUCUGUAACCCCUGCGAAGAAGCCGGAACGUACAGAACCGGACGACUCUUUCUGCUAUAUACCGAUGGGCAACGACAGACCCUGUGUACACGUGUGGAGCUACUGGGAGGACCACAGCUGGAGGUUAUACAAUUCUAACUGGUUGAUAAAGAUCGCGGAGCGCCUGGAACGUGGACUCGAGGAGGUGGAGAAGUUGACAAGACGACCUAAAUCCAACCCAGAGACUCGCCUGAAACAGGUCCUUGAGGAAUUUGUUGCCGGUUGCAGGCAAUACUCUAUGAGUGCUGGAAAAAGGACCAUGGCUCGGCCCAACAACCUAGAUCAGUGUCGGAUGAAAUCUGUUCCCCGCAACCUUAUCAUGUGUGCAAAACAGUCCCUGAGAGCCAGCAGGAGACUGACCAAGCAAAAUGUGAAGGAAAAGAUUAUUGAGGCAAAGAAAAGUCUAGCAAAAGUUCGAUUCAUGGCUAAAAUGCCGCAGUGCACUCUUCCAGACAUCCUCAUAUGGAUGUUCAGCAAUAACAAGAGAUUGGCGUACACCAGAAUCCCAGCGCAAAACAUCCUCUACUCUGUGGUGGAAGAGGAGAAAGGGAAGGACUGUGGCAAGAUCUCUACCGUCUACUUCAAGAUCCCAGGAUCGUACAACGGAGAAAUCUUUGCAAAAGCUGAAAUCUACCUGUGGCUCGGCGUGACUAAGUACGCGAAAAACAGCACAGCAGAUCUACCCGAAGAUUACAAGCUCCUCUAUGAGAGAGAUGGCCAGCUGGUGGAAUCUCCCACCCCCAAUCCACCAGUUCUGCUCCGAAGGGAUGAUUACCGCUAUUUCCAGUUGCGAGCGCACAUUUACCAGGCACGCAGCAUUCUUCCUGCUGAUGACAACGGUUUGUCCGACCCAUUCGCCAAAAUUGUUUUUGGCAACUUAGUUCAGACUACUCAGGUCAUCAACGAGACUCUGGCGCCAAAGUGGAAUGAAUUACUGAUCUAUGACAAUCUCCUCAUAGAUGGGAAUAAGGAAGCCCUGAAGAGCGACCCUCCAAACAUCAUCAUUAAUAUUUAUGACCAAGAUAAAUUCGGGGCCCCUGACUUUUUGGGUCAUGCCUUUGCCACUCCGAUCGUAACAUUGUUAGAAGAUGAGGAUAAUGACGACGAGGUUCCUAAAUACACCCAACCACCCUUGCAGUUCUUUGAUAUUGUGAGGGGUAACAUACCUGCCGGGGAGCUGAUAGCUGUAUUUGAACUCAUAGAAAUGGAGAACAGAACGUAUAUGAGAGAGCCAGCAAUACCGAAAUAUGUAAAACCACAAGAACCCGAGUUUUUGGAUGAAACAAUGGAGCGAUACAUCAUUCCAGAAGGAAUUCGACCAGUCCUCAAGGAAUUCAGAAUAGAGAUUCUUUUCUGGGGACUGCGAGAUUUACGCCGGAUCAACCUGUUUGAAGUGGAGCAGCCUCAAGUGCGGAUCGAAUGUGCCGGGAAACUGGUGGAGUCUGAGAUCAUCCUGAGCUACAAGGAGUUCCCCAAUUUUACGGAACUGGUGAAAUGUGUAGACGUGGAACUUCCAGAACAAGUCUACCUGCACCCACCUCUAAGUAUCUUUGUGAUGGAAAAACGAGCCUUCGGCCGGUCCGUUCUGGUUGGAUCCGCAGUGGUUUCUGAUCUCAUGAAGUUCGCCCCAAAAGAACUGGAAGAGAUGACUGAAGAAGCGGAAGUUAAAACCAAGCAGAAGAAAAUGUUUCCUCGGUUUCCUCCUCCUCCAGUGGUCGUCAAUAUGGAGCAGGAUGACAAGAACGGCAGAUUCAACCCUCUUAACCUCGUAAAGGACCCUUUAAAGAACUUGGGAAAAGCAAAUAAAACUGAGGAAGAACUAGAGGAAGAGCUUCCGGACCCCGAAGAGCUGGACUGGUGGUCAAAAUACUACGAAUCUCUGAAAGAACUUACAGAUCAAAUGGCUGCUGCCGAGGAGGAUGAAGAGGGUGAAAACGAAGAAGGUGGAGAUGGAAUGAACAUCCACUCCUUAGACGCCGCUGUCGAGGAAGAAGUGGAAAUUGUGGAAAUCGUGAAACCAAAGAGGAAAGUCAUAUCCACUCUAAAGAUUUAUAAAGAGGAACUUGAGAAGGAGUUCAAUAAUUUUGAAGAUUGGUUGUAUGUGUUUCCUCUGCACCGGGGUCGGGCGCUGGACGAUGAAGAUGGAAAUGACGACGACAACUUCAUGGGGAAAUACAAGGGUUCCUUCUACAUCUUCCCUUCAAGUGACGCUACCGAUGAAUUCCAGAUAAUGAAGGGUGUGCCGAGGAACCGCCCGGUGAAAGUGCUCGUGAGAGUUUACAUUGUCAAGGCAACAAACUUAUCCCCGGCCGAUCCAAAUGGGAAGGCGGAUCCAUACGUCGUAGUAAAAGUGGGAGAACAGACAAUGGACAGCAAGGAGAGAUAUAUUCCCAAGCAGCUGAAUCCAGUGUUUGGAGAGGUCUUUGAUAUGACCAUCUCGUUCCCCGUAGAAUCAGAACUGACCGUUUCUAUCUUUGACCACGACCUUAUUGGGUCUGACGAUUUGAUCGGUGAGACUAAAUUGGACCUGGAAAAUCGUUUCUACAGUAAUCACCGGGCGAACUGCGGCCUCGCUCUGCAAUAUGACGUAGAUGGCUAUAAUGCCUGGAGAGAUGCCUUCAAACCUUCACAGAUUCUCAGCUCACUAUGUAAGAAGCACAGCCUGCCGACUCCAGAAUACAGGAGAGAGGAGGUGAAAGUCAAUAACAAGAUCUUCAAGAUUCCCAGUGAGAUAUUUCCCGAAGAUAAGAGCAAAGAGGACGAGUUGCUGUCCGGUUUCGAUGAACACAAAGCACUCCAUGUUCUGCAGCACUGGGAGGAGAUGCCGGAGUACGGCACCAGGCUGGUUCCAGAACACGUAGAAGUGAGGACCCUGUACAACAGCGAGAGCCCAGGCCUGGGGCAGGGGUCCCUUCACAUGUGGAUUGACAUGUUCCCAAAUGAUGUUCCUCCCCCGCCAACUGUGAACAUCAAACCACGUGAACCCGUCAGUUACGAGCUGCGUGUUAUUAUUUGGAACACAGAUGAUGUAAUUCUAGAUGAUGUUAAUCCAUUCACUGGGGAGCCGUCAAGUGAUAUCUACGUGAAGGGAUGGAUACAAGGCAUAAACGGAGAGAAGCAGGAGACCGACGUACAUUUCAACUCCCUCACCGGGGAAGGGAACUUCAACUGGAGGUUUGUGUUUCGGUUCGACUACCUCCCCACCGAGAAGGAGAUCACAUACAAAAAGAAGGAGUCCAUCUUCUCCUUAGAGGAGUCCGAGUUCAGGGAGCCGGCCGUACUCGCCCUCCAGGUUUGGGACUACGAUCGUAUAUCUGCCAAUGACUUCUUAGGUUCCAUAGAAUUAAAGCUCAAUGACAUGGUGCGGGGCGCCAAAACCUCCGCACACUGCACCAUAAAGAUGGCCAAAGACAAGGCCACGCCGCGCUUCUCCCUCUUCAGGAACAAGCGCAUGAAGGGCUGGUGGCCAUUUGUCAAACUCAAGAGCGAAGAAGAUAUCGAAAGGGAGGAGCGGGAGGCGGAGGACAAGAGUAAGAAGAGGAAGAAGAAGAGGAAGAACGUAAGACUGGAAGACGUGCAGUACAGCGACCCCAGCGGGAAUAUAUACAUCCUGGCUGGGAAGGUUGAGGCAGAAUUUCAGCUGGUGACUAUGGAAGAGGCUGAAAAGACCCCGGUGGGAUUAGGGCGGAAGGAACCAGAACCCCUGGAGAAGCCCAACCGUCCCAAAACAUCAUUUAACUGGUUCGUGAACCCUCUGAAAACGUUCGUCUUCUUCAUCUGGAAGAAAUACAAGAAGUACAUCAUCGCGCUGCUGAUCAUAGCGAUCCUCACCGUCUUCCUGGUCCUUAUUCUGUACACCAUGCCCGGAUACAUCAGCCAGAAGAUCAUAAACGGAUGAGCGCUUAAGGGGUUAACGGACAAUGUAAAUAAUCCGGCUGCACGCUGUAUAUACUGAGUUAUGUAAAGGAGAUGAGUGCUAUCUGUUUAUGUAAGUUGCAGCAGUCGCACGUGGCGCCGGUCGUUUGCGCCAAAUUACAACUAUCCGUGCGUUUCCCCCCCCCCCAGAACGGCCUCGUCUUCGCCCAUAUUUGCUGCUAAACAACAUUGAUGUCUUGAGAGAUAUUAGUAUACACCCUAUACAGCUAAUUUCUCCACAAAAUAGCGCCACCCCUGUGCUCAGGUUGUGUGUGGUAUUACAACUUGGCUGCAUUUACUUCAAUGGAACAGAGCCGCAGUACCGCACCCAACCUGAGGGCAUGGGUGGUGCUGUUUUUGGAACAAAUAAGCUCUGUUUUUCCUUUUCAGGACCCUAUAGGAUGCAUAUUGAUUAUUUUUCCAAAAAACAGCGCCGCCCCUGUCCUCAGGUUGAGCAUGGUAUUGCAGCUCGGCUCUAUUGAAGUGAAAAGGAGCCAAGCUGUAAAACCGCAUCCAACCCUAUAGGAAAGUGGUCUCCUACC